CAGCGCUGCAGACGCAGAUACCGGCUGCGCUCUCGCAGAGUGCACACUUUCUCCACUCUCUAAAUUAUCCCGCGUUAUCCGUGACAAUGAAAAAGAUGACGUCGCGUUUAAAAGCUUGACUUAUCUCAUGACACCUCUCCGGAUACAUUUGUUUUAUUCUGGAGCCACAAGCAGGCUAUGCAACUUUCUUGGCAGCUACUUUAUUUAGUGACGGGCUGUGCCUGCUAAAGUACUUGUAGAUUGUUUCUAUAUCCGCUGCUCUUUUAGCCUCAUCAUGGGUAAGUUAUGCAUUGUCGUCGUGGUGUGCUGUGCGCUUUUUCCACGGGGCUCUGCGGCGCCAGUGGCCGGGGGUGAAGAUCCCGGGUCACAGUAUGAGAUCAGCGCAGAGCAGGAGGAGCGGCUGCAGGAGGAAAGAGAUGAUCAUGAGAGCAUCCUCUCUAAGCUGCUGGGUGAUUAUGACAAAGUGAAAGCCCUAUCGGAAGGCUCUGACUGUCGCUGUAAAUGUGUUGUCAGACCCCUGAGCAGGAGCGCCUGCAGGCGGAUCGAAGAAGGGAGCGCCUCUGCGCAGGACUUCUACACCGUGGAGACCAUCUCAUCCGGACCAGAGUGCAAGUGCGCCUGCAUUGCUCCUCCGUCAGCAGUCAACCCGUGCGAGGGGGAGUUCAGGCUGAAAAAACUUAGGGAAGCUGGGAAAGGGAAUAUCAAGCUGACCAGCAUCCUGGAGCUGCUGGAGGGCUCCUUCUAUGGCAUGGAUCUACUCAAGCUGCACUCCAUUACCACCAAGCUCAUGGGUCGCGUGGAACACAUUGAAAAGGUGGUAUCUUUGAACAACACCAUGGAUGAGGUGAAGCCCCAGGAGAGCCCUCGGAUCCAGGUAGAUGUGACUGAACGCUCACCCACCCCUUCAUCCAACCGGCAUCAGGACAAAAAGGGAGUCAGUGGGGUCAGCGGGGUCAGCGGGGCAGCGGUGUAUCAAAACCCAGAGGGAAAGUAUGAAGAGAAGUUUAUUGAGGGAAAUCCAUCUUUCCUAAAGACAGAUGGUUCUGCUCAGAUCAUUGAGGUCAGACCACGGGUGACUAUGAAGAACGUGGCUAACAAGGAGACUUCUCAGGUGUCGAAGACUGGCCCCAAUGGAAUGAUCAUCAGAGGGAUGACUUUUUAUAAAUCUGAGCCAGAUCCGAUGGUGGCGGAUGACGGGGAACCUGGAGAGAACUUAUUUGAGUAUCAUGGAUUCAGUGGAGAAGGCCCAAAUAACCUCUUCAUCGAGGAAAGUCUUCUUCAGCACAGAGACGCUCUCCCCAGGCAGGGGGCUGGACCAAAAUCACCUCGACCAAAGAAAACAGGUCCAUCCACCAGUUCCAUGAAGACCAGCAGCAAAUCAACAGAACAGAAAUUAAAUGAGCCCAGCUCGAACAAUCACUUCAUCAGUGUCAUAGAAAUCCAAUCAUCUGAUUUGUCUAAAGAUGUUCAGAGUGACACAUCAGUCAUGUUUGGUCUUACCACCACAGAAACUUCACCUCUGACUACUCAAAGAGUCUCUACUGGAACCUCUAAGUUUCCAAGUCCUUUGAUGGCUGAAUCAACCGGUACACCUCUAAGUGUCACUGCCAAGGACACAACUAAAACUACAAUUAACACAACCGAGCCCUCUGUAAAUACAACAGCAGAGAAAAUACUACAACAUUUGACAUCAAGAAAUACACCAACCACUGGCAUGGCAACCUCCACUGUAGAGAUAAAAGCCAUAAUGCAAACUAAUCCAAGCACAACUGCAGCUCAUUCAAGCACAUUUGCACCCAACCCAGCCACAGAAGCUUCAACUACAAGCCCGACUUCCACUAUGAGAAUCACAACACAAGCUGCCCUGACCACAACAGAUUCCAGCACAGCUGCCUCCACCCAGGCUGCUGCCACAACACCAGACUUAGGAAUUAAAUCUACCCUCUCUCCUCGCUGGACUCUGCCUCCAACUACCCAGAGACUGAUCACUACUUUGCCACACACUUCUCUGCCUUUCACCACACCUGAGCCUACCUCGUCUUUAGCUACAACUACCACAACAACCACCACUACCACCACCACAACUACUACUACUACUACAAGGCCGGGCAAAAGGAAAUACAAAAUAAGCUGGGAUGAGGAAGAAAGCGUUGAAGGACACCCAGAAUUAGGCGAAGCAAUGCAAAGGGAGGAGGAAUCUACUUCAAGAAAACCUGGGGAAUGUAAGGACACUUUGGCAACGAUCUCACAGCCAGUGACUCACAAUACCUAUGGCAAGAACGAAGGAGCAUGGAUGAAGGAUCCAAAGUCUGACGAUAACAAAAUUUAUGUUACAAACUUCUAUUAUGGGAAUAACCUUCUGGAGUUCAGAGACCUGGAUGUUUUCAAAGGAGGCAGAUUUACAAACUCAUACAAGCUUCCUUACAACUGGAUCGGCACAGGCCAUGUGGUCUACAAUGGAGCUUUUUACUAUAACCGUGCCUUCUCAAGAGAUAUCAUCAAGUUUGACCUGCGCCUACGCUAUGUCGCCGCCUGGACCAUGCUGCAUGAUGCUCUAAUUGAGGAGUCGUCGGUGCCAUGGGAAUGGCGCAGCCACUCAGACGUUGACUUCGCUGUGGAUGAGAGUGGGCUGUGGAUCAUCUACCCGGCGCUCGAUGACGAGGGCUUCUUACAGGAAGUGGUUGUUCUGAGUCAACUGAACCCUUCAGACCUCAGCAUGCAGAGGGAGACCACCUGGAGAACCGGGCUCAGGAGAAACCACUAUGGAAACUGUUUUAUUGUGUGCGGAGUCCUGUACGCUGUCGACAGCCACAACAAGAAGGAGGCCAACCUGGAAUACGCCUUCGACACGCACACAAACACUCAGAUGAUUCCCAGAAUGCCUUUCACCAACAACUACACCCACACCACACAGAUAGACUACAAUCCCAAAGAGGGGGUUUUAUAUGCAUGGGACAAUGGACACCAAGUCACAUAUGACAUUAAGUUUGCCUUAGUGGACCCUUAGUGAGGGUUUAAAGUAGUUAUUUUAAAAACUAAAGACUAUGGUUUGGAUGGAUUGUAGAUCAGUCCACAUGGCCAUCAGUAUGGGGACAAAGGAGGGCCAAAUGUAUAAAUAUAUUUCGGUAUGACUAAAUGUUUUUUAAGAAAAUUUUAAAAUAAAUUAGCAAUGAGCCUAAUUCCUCUGUUAACACAUCAUGAUGUACUGUAUAUAUUGUUAUACUGUAAAAACAAAAAAGCCUUACUGGUUAAAUGAAUGUAGAAAAAAAUAAGCUUCCAUCAGAUUCACAAUUUAUAACAGAACCAAGUUCUUCAAACGUAGUCUUUAAACAUGUCGCCAAAUGAUUUUUGUGAGAGUACAUUCUCUUUUUUAUACACAUUAUUUUGUAUCAGUUUUUUUCUCCGCAUCAUAUACCACAGGUUUUCUAAGAGGUGAUAUCAAAGAAAUUGCUUUUGACUUUUGUCUUGUGAAAGCACUUAAUCCCUCCACAUCAGACUGUUCUGAUGAAGCUACAAUAAAGUCGGAAAUGCUUACAGAACACUUUGUAUUUGUUUGGGUAAUUGGUUAACUGUAAGGAUGCAGGGAUACAGGACCAGGCUCAUUAAGUGCGGAUAAAAACACAUAAUUACAGACAUACAAAGCAGAAUUUUAGAAGUCUGUUACAAUGACAAUAUGAGUCAUGGUAAAAUAAAACACCCAGAGACUGUAUCUGCUCAACAAAAAAAUAAAGUAAACUAGUGAUAUUCCUUUAACAGCCGAAAAGAUGCACACAAACGUGUAGUUAGACAAAAUCCAGUGUUUAUUUUGGUAUAUUUACAUAGUAAAAUACAGAAAAACAAAACCUCACAAUAAAUCUUGCUUUGUCCCCAAGUAAUGUUUAAAGGCAGUGAAAACAAUGGGGAGGAUAAAAUAGAUAUUCUUAGAAAUCAAAGGGAAAACAAAUUACACAGCCUUGCUAAAGAAAACCAAAGCAACAGGCAAGUUCUUUUCAGACAUAUUUUUCUGGACUUCCUUUGAGCUGAAGCAUAAUCUGAACAGUCCUGUAAAAGAAAUACACUUUCAGAAUGUGACGGAACAAUUAGUCUUUUAUACGAGCAAAAAAGUGACUUAUUCUGAUGAUGUAUAAUUUUGUAAGAUACAAUCUCUACCCCCUAAAGCAAGGUCACAGACACAUUAAUAUAAGGCAUUCAAAGCCAGAACUGAUCUCCCCAGAUUCUGAAUGUAUAGUGCAACUUUAUAUAACUCAUUAUUUUUCAAUGUAGGCAUCAGUGCACCACGUAAAAGUGCAAUUCUGAUUAGGACGGAGAUGUCCGGACUUGGAUUUAGAGUUGUUAAAAGUCUAAUGUUAACCUUCUUUUGCUCAUCGGAUGAGGAGGGGGCAGAUUCACAUUGCUGAAGACACAUUUUUUUCGAGGGAUGAAAUCUGAGGAUGUCCAACCAGGGAACCCACAAUACAGAAAUCUCCCGAUAAUAACAUUUAAGAGGGUUUCACUCUAAUCCAGAAUUUAUU